UCGGAGUUACCUACACAGAUUAGUUUCCAGGCUUAGAGUGCUGUCUCACACAACUAUAAAUGCACAUAAAACUGUAGUUUUUACUUAGAGACAAAAACAAAGAAAACAAUAUGAGGGGAAUAUUUAUUGUGAUUUUUCUUUGCAUGACUCUGGCAAAGUUCAACUCUGCAGAGUAUUGUUAUUCUUCUAUCCAGACAUCAAUUUACUGCUACAAUGAUUGUUGUGGAACUAGAUAUUACCAAUAUUGCUGUACCGAUACUUAUGAUAUUGGCAACUCGGGCAUCAUUGUUGCUAUUGCGGUGCCAUUAGGUGUCGCCUUCGGCGCUUUCAUUGCAUUGAUCGUCUGCUGUUGUAAAGGGCUACUGUGUUUCAAAAGUCACGCAGUACGGCCCGGUGUGGCCCAUGGGCCAUCAACAGUUACAACCCACGUCAGUCAACAAGGGCAACAAAUGAGCCAGCCAGCUGCACCUCCGAUAUUUUCAACGUAUUCCUACGCAUCAGGUCAAAGUCAAGGCUACCCACUGCAAGCUUACAGCCAACAAAACACUUCAUUCCCAGGAACUGUUCCUCAGCCUUCAUACGCAUCGUACCCCCCUCCAACAUUUGAGCAAGCCACCAACCAGCAAGUGAAGACCCAGCCAUAAGUGCACAAUGCAAGGGAUACGACGUGUCUCUUACUUUAGUUAUAUGUGGAGUCAUGGUGUACUAUUUAACCAAAAAUACAUUGUCCAUGCCUAAUGUUUAUUUCUCAUGAUUAAUUUGAUUGAGCUUUAACACAAGUAUAAAAAAAAAAUUCUGUUAAAAGACCUAAGAACAAAAAGCCGCAUUUAAAAACAUACUUUUAUUUUGUGUAAUGAACCUUACGACAGUUUGUCUUUAAAACAAGUAUUAUAAUUUUUUAAAUUCCUUUUUUAUGAAGCUGAUAGCCAUAUAUUAAAUCUCAUUAUAUUUAAUUCUUGUAAUGAUUCAUUAUCGAAGGAGUCUUUCCAGUAGGCUAUGCUCAAUCCAAUUCUUAUAUUAAUAGCCCAGCUAUUGAUCUCUACACGUGACGGUGGGCAAAAUGAUCAUGCUACAUCGAUCUAUUCAUUCACCUCUUUUACAAAUACGAAGAAACACUUCAGUUUAGUGCGGGAAUUCCCGCCGAGGUCGUGAUUGCAAUAAACAGACGAAAGCCAAAUUUAUUUUAAGAUUAUAUUUUGAAAAAAUAUAACUGUCAAACCAAAGUUUUCACUGUGUGAGAAAUUAGGUUAUUAUUUUUUCCCAAAAAGUUAUACACAACCUAACGCAUUUCUUUGAAAAAUCGUUAGAAUCAUUUUUGAAAUACCCGUCCUGUUUUCAUCCAUAUUUUUGAGCAUUUGCAAAAUUGGCAUCUAAUGGUAGGAACUGUAAAAGAGUCUAAAAAAAAAGUGAACUCUCUGGGCACCAAAAGCAAGUUUAAUUUAACCUUAUUGUCAAACUCUUGAAAAAAAGUUUCGGAGUAGGAGCGAGACCAUUUGUUCUAGAAGGCCUGAACACUGACCUGUGGGCAGUUUACACCAAUAGCUCGUUGCCACAUUACAGGUCUGCACGACGUGAUAACAAGCUAUUGAUCUCCAAUGCCGAUAGGUUGCGACGUUGCAGGUCAGUGUUAAGGUCUUGUAUAACGACUGGCCUCUGUUGAAAACAGUGGAAGAACAAAAUGGAACUAAUUUGGGUUAGUUAAAAAUCUAAAUACAACACAAUUCCACACAUCUUCUUAUUUUAUAGAUUACAGUAAUUACUUCAAAAGAGAAGCUAAUGACGCCCUGCGCUUUUCAUGUGUUUUUUCGUGUUAAUAAAGGACAUCACAAUUUCAGGCAACCCAUUCCAUUCUCUAAUAGCACUGGGGAGCACUUGUACGAAUUUGUUCUAGCAUAUGGAGUAAGAAAUGUGCUUCUAUCUUUUUUUUUAAUAAUGCUAACAGUUUUUUUCCUAAUGAGCGCACAAGGGACAAAAACGAGAAAUAUUGACUCUAUACCAUAUGAAUUUUUUCAAAAAGUUCAAUUCAAAGAAAAUUUCAUCCUUUUUAAAGCUUUGUUAUUCUAUUUGUCCUGGUUAAUGUGUGCAGGCGUCUGGUAUCUGAAGUCAUAUGUCUCAUUUGCCUGAGAGCUAUCCUCCUCUGAUAAUUUCUAUUUGCAUGUAGUUUGGUUUAUUUUCAGAUAAUGUGUCAAUAUUCUUACCAAUUGUAAAAGACCCGUAUACAUAAGUUUCCCUUAUUUACAUUCAAACAUAAUUCAUGGAAUAUGAUGCAGAAAACCAUCUUUUUCAAACUGAAAAAAAAAGGCUUUUAUUUGGACAAAAUAUAGAAGAAAACUAGAAAGUAACCGCUAGUUAAAAAAAAAAAAAAGAAAAGUUCCCCUUUCAGACCUAAGGAUAAGAUCAAGGUGAGCUUAGGAAGAAUGAAGUAUAAACUACGAUUGCUUCCCUUGGCUUGUUAUAGACAUUAUGUUGGAGAUCCACAUACAUGAUUUCACCUCCCUAAAUAGAAUUUUUUUUUUUUUUGCAAAGCUAAUAUCAAAUCUGUUUGUCUGUCUGUCUGGGAGGCACGUUUUUUCGCUCACUUUCCAUUCUCAGAUCGUGUUGUAAUUUCGCCAAAUUUUUAAUUGUUGCUGAAAACACUUGAAAAUAAAAAAGUAGCAAAUAAGUUAAUCAAUAAGUGGUAAUUAAUUAAGUUUGUUCCACAUAGGAAAAGGGGAGAUAAGACUUGUGAUGAUGAGAGAUAUAGCAUCGAUUGAAAUUUCUCUUCCUUCACUUUGUAAGCUUUGUACUUUAAAAAUAUUUGUACAAAGCUUAUAUCAACUCACUCUGUCUGUCUGGUAAAAAGUUUGUACACGUUAUUUCUCCCACACCCAAUCUCGGAUCAAGCUGAAAUUUUGAGCAAUUAUUUAUUUUACCUAACAACACAUGAAUCAAUAAAAAAAAAAUCAAAUUAGUUAAUUAACAAUCGGUAAUUAAUUGUUUUGUUUGGUAUCUCGAGCAAAAGAAUGAAAUUUCACUUGACUGAAGUGGUGGUAUAAGCUGAAUUAGUCCCCUUUAUAGGUCGUCGUCUGAGGAUUAGUGAACACAAACAUGAAAUAGAAAAAAAGAUAACUAUACAAUUUCUUAUGUUCAUACGUUCUUCGCUAGCAGAGUGGUUACCGUGUUGACCUGAGAAGCCCGAGAAGGCUUUAGCCCAAGAAUUCGAAUUCAGGUCGCUCACUUUAAAAAAAAAAAUACAUUUAAAAAAUGCUAAUGAUCACCCAUAUACCCCGUUCUAUCUCUCCCA